AUGGCCGCCGAGCCGGCGCAAGCCAAUGCCAAUGGCCCAGGCAGCAGAAAAAACAGCACAGAUCUGGAGCGCGACGUCCUUGCCCAACAGAUUGCAGUUUCCGUCCCAGAGAUCGGUUACUUUCAGCUGUUCCGAUAUGCCACCAACAAAGAUUUGCUCAUCAUUGCGAUAUCUUUCCUCUGUGCUGUCAUUUCAGGAGCCAUCACAACCGCACCGGCACUGCUGACUGCUCUGUUGGUCGGCAGUAUUCAAGAAAGCUGGUCCAAAGAAUCGACAAGCGCCUCUGCUAGUAGCGAACUGACCCGAUUUACAAUCUAUUUCGUAUAUCUUUUUGUGGGCGAGCUCGUAACAUGCUACAUAGCGACGAUCGGGUUCAUUCGUACGGGUAUAGUGCUAUCUAGCCGAAUCAGAGAGGAGUAUCUGGCUGCACUUCUUCGCCAGAACAUGGCCUUUUUCGACCAUGUCGGCGCGGGCGAGAUCGCGACACAUAUGACCGCCGACGCCAAUCUGAUCCGGGAUGGAAUCUCGGAGAAAGCCAGCGUCGCUGUGCAAUGCUGCUCUUCUAUCGUCACUGCAUUUGUUAUAGGGUUCACCAGAGACUGGAAAUUGACGCUCAUAAUGGCAUCCAGCCCAGUGUGCAUCGCACUCGUAUUCGCAGUCAACGGCGUAGCGCUUACGAAAUCUCGCCAGCGUUGGCUGGGAGAGACUGCAGCAGCUGGGACGGUUGUCGAAGAAGUCCUCUCCUCCAUCAAGACGGUUGUCGGUCUGAAUGCACAAUCGGAGCUUACUUCACGAUACGACGGCUUUCUCGAAAAGGCCGAAAGAUGGGCGACCCGGGCCAGAACGAUAUCCGGUGCGCUACUCGGCGCUGUCUUUGCUGUCAUAUACAUGGCUAUUGGCUUGGGUUUCUGGAUGGGGUCGCGAUAUCUCGUCAAAGGCACUACUUCCUACGUCGAUAUACUAGCCAUCAUCCUCGCCACAGUGACGGGAAUAGCUUGCCUCGGGAGUAUUGUUCCACCCCUCCAAGCUUUCACCAUUGCCGUAGCCGCUGGGUCGAGGCUUUACGGUACCAUCGACCGCAAACCUCGGGGAGAAUCAACUCGACCAUCCAAAACACAACUAGACACGAUUUCAGGUCACCUGGAGUUCAAGAAUGUCAGACACAUAUAUCCAUCGCGACCGGGGGUGGUUGUUCUGGACAACUUGAGUAUUUCCAUUGAGCCAGGAAAGACUACGGCCAUUGUGGGGCCCUCAGGAUCGGGAAAGAGUACCAUCAUCGAGCUUCUCGAACGUUUCUAUGAUCCACUCGCCGGCAAAAUCAUGUUAGAUGGCCACAAUCUCUCGGAAAUAAACCCACAGUGGCUGCGGCAGCAUAUGUCUCUAGUUCAGCAGAAUCCUACCCUUUUUGACACAACCAUCUUUGAGAAUGUGCGCUACGGACUGGUUGGUACGCCCUACGAGAACAGCCCCGAGGAGGAGGUUCGCAAUCUUGUACACGACGCCUGUCGGAUCGCAAAUGCCCAUGACUUCAUCUGCAAACUUCCCAACGGCUAUGGGACACCCGUUGGUGAAGCUGGAGUCAUGCUUUCUGGUGGCCAAAAACAGCGCAUUGCCAUUGCCCGCGCUUUAAUCCGUAAUCCCAAGAUUCUACUGCUGGAUGAAGCCACCUCGGCUUUGGACUCGACAAGCGAAACCGUUGUUCAAGCUGCCAUCGAGAGGGCUUCCCAAGGGAGGACAACGGUGGUCGUUGCUCAUCGUUUGUCAACGAUCAAGACUGCCGACAAGAUCAUCGUUCUUUCCGGGGGAAGACUUGCCGAGCAGGGCACGCACAAUGAAUUACUAGAACUAAACGGAACAUACACGAAGCUUGCACAGACCCAGACUGUUCAUCUUGACCAGGAAACAAAUCCUGGCAUGGAAACUGCCUCGCACAUACAUGACGAACCUGAGAAACCCACCGUCGAGAAUGAGAAAGCUUUGCCGCCCAUCGAUAGAAACUUCGCUUCCAUGAUAUCUCCGAAAGACGCAGAGGCGCUUCAAAGUCUGGACCAUCCACGAUCAGAAUACUCUAUGCGGACUCUGGUAACAUUCGUAAUGAAAAUGCACAAAGGUUCUGUGCUGAAGAUCCUGCAUGGCUUUCUAUGGUCGGUGCAGGCGGGAGCAGGCGCGCCGAUACAAGCGGUGUUCCUCGCCAAAUGUCUUGUUGCCCUCGCAAGACCUCCGUCUCAGUACCAAUUACUCCGGUCCGAGACCAACCUCUGGGCCGGAAUGCAUGUCGCUCUCGCCUUUGUCCAGUUGCUUGCAUACACUGCACAGGCCACUACUCUUGGCGGAUGUACUGAGAAGCUUAUUCGGGACGUAAGCGGUCAAACGUUCCGUGCCCUCCUUGACAAGGACAUGGCAUUUUUCGACAUGCCAGAACAUGGAGUCGGUGCACUGAGUUCUUUCAUCUCCACCGAGCCUUCCAGUAUCGCUGGCGUCGGCUGUUACGCGGUGGGGACAUACAUCAUGGCUUUGACCACACUUAUCGGAGCGAUGGCAGCCAGUAUAGCGGUUGGCUGGAAGCUGGGUCUGGUUGGAUCCGCUACAGUUCCCAUUCUUCUGCUGUGCGGCUUAUUCAGAUACCGCGUCAUGGCUCAACUGGAUGCCCACCUACGGAAAGACUAUCAAGAAACGGCCUCUUUGGCUAGUGAAGCCGUCUCCUCCAUUCGGACUGUCAUCUCACUCAACCGGGAGCCCAGCGUAAUGCUCACGUUUCAUGGACAGCUUGCCCAGCAGAAUUUGACCAGUAUACGCGCAAGUCUGAAAUCUUCGGCUCUUUUCUCGUUCUCGCAGUCAGCAUCUAUGCUGUGCACUGCUCUUGGCUUAUGGUAUGGUGGUACACUAGUCAUCAGUGGAGAGUAUGGUUUGUUCCAAUUCAUUCUAAGUCAUGCGGCUAUCAACAUCUGUGGCGAGGCCGCUGGCCAGAUUUUCAGCAGUUCUCCGGAUUUAGCCAAAGCGAAGAAUUCUGCCACACGACUAAAAGCUCUGUUCGACCAACGGACUUCUGCUCAAAUUAACCAUGACGCGACUCGCCCACUAUUGGAGGGUAACAUCCAAUUCCGAGAUGUCCACUUUACAUACCCGACACGACCAGGGCGGCGUAUUCUCAAUGGAUUUGAUCUCACCGUUCAUAAAGGUAAAUAUGUGGCUUUGAUCGGAUCAAGUGGCUGUGGCAAGAGCACCAUAGUUGCUAUGCUAGAGCACUUCUACCACCCAUCAGCCGGCAUGAUUAGCAUGGACGACAUUGACAUAUCGUCCAUGGAUGUGAGAGCAUACCGCGACCAAGUUGCGCUCGUCAACCAAGAACCCACACUGUUCCAAGGCACGAUCCGGGAAAAUCUGACCCUCGGCCUCAACAGAGAAUGCUCACAACAAGAACUGGAGAAAGCCUGUAAAGAUGCGUACAUACUAGAAUUCAUCCUCUCCCUGCCACUCGGACUCAACACCAUGUGUGGAGGCAAAGGAAACAACUUUUCCGGAGGGCAGAAACAACGUCUGGCCAUAGCACGAGCUCUACUGAGACGACCAAAAGUUCUACUGCUGGACGAAGUCACGUCAGCGCUGGACUCGGAGUCGCAACGCGAAGUCCAAGCUGCACUCGAUGAGGCCGCAAAAGACAGGACGACCAUCGCUAUUGCGCACCGCCUGAGUGCCAUUCAAAACGCGGAUGUUAUCUGCUUCCUCGAAGACGGCGUUGUUGUGGAGUCGGGAACGCACGCGGAGCUUAUACGCAAGCGGGGGAAGUAUUUCGCCAUGUCUAGUUUGCAGACCCUGGAGAGCUGA